AGCAUAUCGAUCUUUUUCGAUAGUGAAAUUUUUAAAAUCCAGCUGGCUUAAAAAACUCUUACCAUUUCUACUGUCUGUUUACAAAUUCUUUGUAAAGGUAUGAUUUAAUUGUUUAUUCAAUUUAAACUCUUGAGCUACCGUAGUUUAAUUAGUUUUUUCACUUACUAUCACCAUGAUCACAGUUCAUUGACCCGGAUUAUAAAUUGAUUAUUUAAUACAGUUUUGCAUAAUUAUCGUGCGUGCAUGGCCGGCACACUUAAACGUUUUAGUCAAGUAAACUUUCUAUUAAUAUAAACAAAGAAAGCAUUAGAUCGAAGACAGAGUUGUAAGAAAGGCUCAAAGAUCCUAUAUUUUAUUAUCCAUAGGUUUUCUUUUCACCAUAGCCUCAAAACAUAGUGAGACGCACAUUUCCUCACACAAAACUUGAAGUUGAAGCAAUCAAACACCUACUUUCUUGCUAAGAGCUGUAUUGCUGGGACAAUCCGGCAAGUGUAGGGAUGACAGAGCUGGGGGGGAGGGGGGUGGUGCUAUAUUCCCAAGAGGGGAAUCUUCUAAGCCUCCUCACCUCAAGAAACAAAUCAAUACCCCCCACCCCCCGAAAAAAAACUUGUAAAAAUGUUUUGCCAUUCAUGGAGUGAGUAGAAAAAUGAAGCAGACAUUGUAUAUACCACACUAGAGUGAUAUAUCAAUAAGGAUCAUCCUUUAUGAUCCUAAACUGGAGAGAUUAUCUUGUUACUAAACUGACAAGGCAACAGUUAUCCCACCUCUAAAAAGAUUUUAAAGUAAAAGAGAAUAAGGCAAAGCUUUCCUCAUACUGCAUGAUGAUUCAGCUGAAAUGACGUGACAAGUGGUAGCCCUGUGCUGGCUAAAUUAGGGCUGCUAAUAGCACUACUGAUAAAGUCUGGUGUCAGUUACCCUGGAAUGAUUUAGGUUCAUACAAGUGCUGGGAGGCUGCAGUGGAAGAUCUAAUGGGGGGGGGACCACCCUACUUAUAAGCAAGACUAGACUGAGACUCACAAACCUCAAGACCCCCCCCCCCACCCCCCUUCUCCAUUGCUUACUUUUAGUUCUGGAUCUGCUGCUGUGGCCUUAUACCUGGAAAUUCUUCUUUUCUCUUGUGGGGCCUCUACAGCAAGGGUCCUCAUAGAAGAUAACUUAUAUCCUUAAAAAAAAUUAAUUAAUAUUAGCCUAUGGGCUUUUCAAAUGUUCUUUUUGAUAAUAUUGGGGUUUUCCUCUAUCACUUAAAAAUAUUAAUUUGCUGUCUACACCACUUUUCCAGGGUAUGGAACUUUUAAGAGAACUCUACCAUGUUUUGCUUGCUGUUGCUUUUUUUGUGAGUUCAACAUUGGGUGCCAAGGAUAAAGAGCUUUAUUGCGGUGGUAAGUUUUACAUGCCAACCAUCAUAAAUUUCAGAUUAAAGCUAACUCCGUCAGAGAUCAGCACUCUCAGUACUGGGCCAAACUUUUUGUGAAGAAUUGUCCAUUUUUUAAGCAAAUUGAGAUUGGUAAAAUUGCUCAAAAAUGGCAGGGAAAGGACCUAAACCAGGGGUAGUUACCAUUCACAUGGAAAAACUGGAAAGUCUGGUUGGAAAAUGGGUCACACCAUCUUGUUUGGGAAGGUACAGGAAAUAUGGGCUGCGAUUUGAGGGGAUGCUUUUUUUAGUCAUUUUAGUCUGUUCAGCAAAUUUGUUUACACUGUGUAGUAGUUCAUACUCCCUGCACAUCACUUUUUAUUGUUAUAUUUUUAUGCACAAAAUUGGGUUUGUGAAAAUGGUAAGCACCCCAGGUGUUCAUCCAAUGCAAUUAUCAUUCGUUGCAAAUUUUUCUGCCUUUUCAUUGGCCAACAGCCCACCACGUGACCUGCAAAUAACUGCCUACAAAUAAUGGUCUGCUCAUGCUCAAUGUCAUCGAACUUUGUUUCGCUGCAAAUGAUAUUCUGCUCAUGUGUAAAUGAAACCACACUUUUCUCCUUCUUGUGAUGGCUCUUGCGGGAUAAUGGCAGAUCGCUUCCCUUCCCGAAGAUUGUAGUCCUUAAAAAACAAACUUGGUGAUCGAAUGAUAAAAGAAUAUUAUUGAACUUGGUUAUCGCAAAAUAUCGUGAUUUGUCAUUGUCUGGCAGAUAAAUUAUUAGCCUCAGCCUUCGGCUUUGGCAAAUAAUUCAUCUGCUUGCCACUGACAAAUCACAAUAGUUUGCUCGACCUCGUCCAAUAAUUGUUAAUUGUCUGUGAUAAGAGAUUUGACUUUCAGAGGUUCAUAGCUGUUAACUUCUCAGACAAUUACAAUAGAAGAUAAUGGCAGUAAGAAAACACAUAUCUUAAAAGGCCCCUUAAGUCACUCAGUAUCUUAUGUAAAUAGUUCUUCUUUUGUUUCAAACACUACUGCAAUGCAAUUUCAAAUAAGGAUCAUGCCACCACAUACCUAAGCCACACAUUGUUAUGAGGAAGAGAUGAAGAAGUAAUUAAUAACUGCCCAUGAUAUAUAAUGACAAGUGUUACUCUGAAACUCACAAAACUGUGAACGCCAAAAAUAUUUUGGGGAAUGUUAUUGUGUUGCAAAAUCAGCAAACAGCAAGAGUAAUUAGUUUGUAGUUUCAUGGCUUGCUUGCACAUCCUGAUCUUUGCUGAGAGUGAUCAUAACACAAUAAGCAUUUCUUUCCUAGGAUAUUUCAGUUUUCAUGGUUUCAUUAGUUUGACACAGUAAAUUUCUAAUGAUUUUAAAGCUCCCUAUUCACUGUUACUUAUCAAUGUUCUUAAAUUUACAGUUUGUCAUGUUAUUGCUGAUGAACUUCAAUGGGAAAUUAGCCAAGUUGAUCCAAGGAAGAUGUUAGAGGUAAUAAAAACUCUGGUAUUGAUAGAAAAAUAAAAUAAAUAUAAAAACAAUAACUUUAGUACUUUCCAAUUCUGGUUUUUCAAAGAUGUAGUUUGUUUUAACAUCUUUUCCUUAAGAAGUAAGGGCAAGAAAUGGGCUUAAUAUAAAAAUCACUGCUUUGUGACAAAUAAAAAAAUAGGUUUCCAAAGCAUAUAUUUUGAAAGUUACAAACAACAGAGAAGACUUUGAAAAACUGUCGGGCUUUGAACUGUUUUCAAAAACCCCAGUUUUCAUCCAUUAUUUUGACCCUCUUUAUCUCUUUUUGUACUUGCUGUGUUUUAAUUAGACAUUCAUCAGUGAUUGACUCAGUUAAGUGACCAGCUGCCACAGUUUGGCUUAAUGUUUGCCACAAUUUAGCAAAAUUCUUUAUUUUGUAGCACAACCCCUUUAGCCCUUCAAGUGUUUAAGUCUGAAGAGUGCCCAACAUCAAUUUACUCCCACCAGUAUCAAUACAAAUUAUCCAGAAAAAAAAUGUUAAGAAUUAUUAUUGAACUUAUUAGCAAGGAGAAAAUGUUUUGAUUAUUAAUGAAAUUCUCACAACUACUGUAUCACAGUAAAUUCUUUAAGGAAAGGUAUGGAGAUAAGUCUAGUGGAGAAUUUGUGUUUCGAUAUUGGAGCUUAACCCUUGAAGUCCCAAUAGUGACCAACAACAAUUUUCUCCUAACAAUAUCCAUACACUGUCGAGAGAUAAAGUUAUGAGAAUUAAUAAAAUAAUCAUCAUAGAGAAAAUUCCAUGAUCUUUUAUCAAAUUCUCUCAACUAAUUCUUAAAGGAAAUGUAUGGAGAUCAGUUUGGAGAAUUUGUAUGUGGAUAUUGGGGCUUAAAGGGUUAAAGGGUAAAUAUGCACUGGACUGUUGAUAUGAACGUUAAAUAACGGGCUCAUCUUUUUACACUUUUAAGAUUGAGAGUUUUAGAGUGGAUCCCAAGGGAAAUCAAAAAACUCGGAAGGUAAGGUAACCUUUACUUAUUCACACUGAACUGCCCUUGUGCAAUCUUGACCAGGCUAUGAUAAAUUCUACCGGGAGAAUUUCCUGCAGAAUGAAUGAAAUUUUUUAAGGCGAGCAUUCUGUUAACAGAAAGAAUAUAAUUAUGGAGGAGAAUAAAAGAAACUUUGAAACUUGAUGCAGAACAAAUAGAAAAUGUGUUGUGGAGUUAUUGCUGCGAUAAUUCACUGAAACGUGCUCACAAGAUCAACUAAAUAUGAGUGAUAUUGCACAAAGUAAAAUGAAUAACAAUUUUGUCCUGCAAAAUGUAAAAUAUCUAAUUAGUGCCUAGUGCCGAGAGCAAUUUCAAUAAUCGUAAACGAGAUUUAGGGUAAAAAGUUAAGUGGCGUCGUAGAUUCCAAUUGAGAUCUCGUCUCAGUACUCGCUUUUCUGUUUUAAAAAUAUUUCCACGUUCUUUAGCGUUAACGCGAAGAGGUUUUGCACAGACAUGAAGCUUUCAUCAGUUUCUCGCUCAAAGAUGUUUUAAUAGCACUGCAACACUGAGAAAUCUCUCCAAGCUAGCAGAAUGAAUCAAAACGGAAUAGGAGAAGUGACAAGAGGGAUGAGAAAAACUGACAAGUACGCAAAAAAGAAAAAAAAAAAAAGGAAAAAAGUAAUGCUCACUACGUAUGCCAAACCCCCAAAGCGGGAUUCUUGCACCAGUAAAAGAAAGCUAAGAGAUUUGGAGAGUUUUGGUUGGUUGUUAAAUGAUGUCUAAUAGGUAACGUAAGUAUCAGGUCUUCCUUACGAGUUAUGCAAGAAGAGAGAUAAAGGGAUGAAGCGGUCCUCGUUGUCUCCUUUUUUCACUUCUUUCUACCCUCCACCCCUCCCCCCAGAAACGCGUGAUACUCAGGUUGUGAUACAGGUUAUAUCACCAUCAUCGUUAUGCUAACUCUUGUGAAACAAGCUCGUGAUCUUCCAGUGAUCAUAUUCACAACCGUUUACCGUCUAAUAAGGUCAAUAUGAAGCACUGAAAUUUGCCAUCUUACUAUAUUUAUCAUCGUCAAGUACCCUAUUAACAUUACUGACCCCAGCCUGCAGUAAGCACUAGGAUGUGAGUCGCAUGUGACAUACAUCCUUCCAUCACACUUGGAAUUAGUUGAGUACUUUCGGAAAACACAAGAUACUUGCGCGAGUAGACUUGUUGCUUCCCUCUCCGAGGCUUUGCUUGGGAAAGGACGCUUUUCAAUUCAAGAAUAAGGGGAAGACAAGAAAAAAAUACGCGUGCGAAUAAACAGUUAUUACCGACAUACUGCUCAGUUGUUUAGGAGUGUUCAAAGGGUAAAACGCUCGCCCGGUGACUGGGAUUUAAUACGCUCUGUCCUCUCCUGUCGGAGACUUUACUUUUGUCCCAAGCGCGUGUCCUCCUACAAACAGAGCCGACAAAUUAAUUUCACAUGCUUGUAAGUUUCUUUUCACGUGAUAAUCUGCGAUGACUCGUUGACGCGUGGAUACAUGAUGCAGAAAAUGAUUUAUUAGAAUGUUAUUUCCGUCUUCUGUGGUUGAAGUGUUCGCAGUUUAAAAUCCAGUUGAAAUUUUGAAAUAUAUGUCUUUUAAAGUUCUGUUCUUCUCUCGCGUUCCUUGAAUUGUAACUUUGGCCAAGUAUUGCGUGUGUCUGGCGACCGCUGGGAAAGUCACGUCAUGUCUAGACAACCUGCGUGCGUCAAAAAAUAAUGGUUAUAGACUUAGUUUCGUCUACGAUCGUGUACAGCGAUAAUAGACAGAAAAGCAUUGCUAGCAAAGUCCAGUUUUCUCACCAAUAAUGAUCAAAAGUAGACUCUGCUAGCAGGGAAGCUCGUGGCGUGACGGUCAUUUCAUCUUGUGUUGUUCGAGACAACGUUAACGCGUUAAAUGUUUGCAGAAGGAUAAGGUAGGGAAGAUACAUAAGUAAUAAAAUAAUAUUACUGAAUUAUCCUCUCCCCAUGAGGGGCUUUUCAGUGAUAAAGAAGCACAACAAUACAAAAAACAAUUCAAAUUUCUUGUGAACAUAACAAGUAAAAAAUCCCAACUGGCAUGGCGAAACCUCCCCUGUGGGCUAGUCAACAGAGUUUAAUACGGGGCGGGGGAGGGGGUGGGGGGCUCCGCCCCAAUAUCCAACCCCUUACCCCUUUAUGUUCCAUUUUUAACAGAGAAAGGUACCCCUUUCGUAUAACUUCCACUGAAAAAUGGUGCUCCUUUUACAUAAGAGAGGUUGACCUUUCGCGGUCCGCACAGUGGCAAAAUCUGUCAAAGUAAGGCGAUACCUGACAAAAUUGAUCAAUGUUAUCAUUUAUUUCCAAUCAUUUCUCUACGUUUUAUUUUUCGCCCUAAUGGCUUUACAGCUUGGUAAAUAUAAGGACAAGAUGGCGUUCUCUUGCUGAAACACUUGUUGUCUUUGCAAGACAUUCUUGUCGGGUGUUAAUAAUGAGAAUUUCUUGUGCGCGGAUUAUGCUUCGGUUCCUUUCUUGGGGAGAGCCCAUGCUUAAGUGAAUCUUUUCGCUGAAAAACACGGUGCUUUUUUCCCGCCAGGUGUGGAUGGGUUUCCUUCGCAGUAGUAUCCCCCAAGCCUUGAAGUGGAUUCAUCUGGGCAGUUUUCACACUUACUGCUAACGAGUGACGCGCGAUAGGUGUUGCCUUGGCAACAAACAUCAUCGGGCGGUGAUGUUGGGACGGACGAUCUUGAACCUGCCAGAGACUUGCGAGGAAGUAUCCGAAGCGUUACCUUGGCAAUGAGGUAAAGGUCUGUCGUAGAGUUGGACGCUUUCCAUUCAACUUGCUGCCCUCCAGACUGGACAUUUAACGUGACCCUCCAUCUCGACAAUGUUGUAGGAAGAAGGCUAUCACCAGCCACGUUGGAGGUUGUGUGACAAAUCUUAGGAAGAUUGUUGCAGAGACUGUACGGAUUAGGAAUUUCGUUGGAGCAAGUUGAACUUCGAUAACCUUCUUGGUAUACUGUAACAUACGAUGUUUGUCGCUCUGGUAACUUGUACAGCACCGAGUUAUUUGUGUCUGCGGAGAUGAAGCUCCCCGUUUCGGCUGUGAGUACUAUACGGGUUGAUGUCUUCACUUUCUCGGAACCCGUCUUGUAUUCUUUGUUUGGCAAAAAUAGCUGGAAGUUCUCCACAUAUGCAGCGUGCGACUCACCAAUCAAACUUCAGUCAAACUGAUACAGCCAGGUCAGAUUUUGAGGUAGUCUGAACGAGACAGUCUUAUUUGUUGCUAACGUGUAAACGUUAAUGAAACCCAGAUCCCCGCUGUAUUGAGGCCUUGAUGGAAUGUGAACUGUCCGUUCGAUGGAGAUGUAGUGUCGAUGAUCUGUAAACGCCACAAGAUUGUCCAAGUCACUAUUGGUGAAGAGCCCACUUUCUGGCGAACAAGGCCCAACUGUUUGUCCCUCGUUUCUGUACUCGAGUUUGUCGCAGUAUAAAAAGGCUUGAGACUGAAUAAAAAGCUGUGUCAUCAAAAAUCCGCCUAAAAGUUGAUGGGCCUUAAACAUAUCGUUCGUUUGCCGUCCAAUGGAAGCAGCUAACUUCUUCGCUACAUUACCACGUACGACUCUGGAUAGGCUGUCCACUAACUCAAAUUGAAAUUCAAAAAUAUUCUCCCUCAGGGCGUCAAACUCGGCAAUUGUCCUCUCCAACUUUUCACACAAUAGAAACCCAUUAGCAACAGCCUUUCCUGUGGACCCUGCGAUUCCUUGUACCCCUUGUAACAGAUCGCAGGUCGAAUCUUUGAAAGCUCCCCACAAAGCUAUGUUACCCCUCAUCCGUUGCCUGUCUACUUUUGGCUGGUAAUUAGAGUAGUUUUCGAUAAACUCCUCUGCAUCAUCACCAAUGGUGUCUGCCGAGUUACUCUUUAUUUUGUUGACCAGUGUCUUCAAUGAUGCCAGUUGCUUUCGGUUGCUUUGCAGGUCAGUUCCAAUCUCUUCUGUAUCGGUAGCGAGCUCACCCAAUCUUACAACGAGUGUAAUUCCGUGUGCUAAUUUUGCUGCUGUAUCUGCAACGACCUUGGCCUGGUCUCGUAUUCCCAGAGUAUCAACGCCGGUGAAUAUCACUGAAAUGGGAUUUGACUCCUCUAAUAUCUUCGUAACGAGAGCUACCGUCUCCUCGACCAACUGAAUCGACAAAAGGCUUGUCAUCGCAAUCAUUGCCGCUUUAACGUGGUCUUUUACCUUGUUUUGCAGCGCAGUGUAUCUGCUAUUAAAAUCGUCAAGUUUGCCUCCUAUAAACUCCACGUCAGCGUUUGCUAUGCCUUAAUCAAACUUCGCGAUGCCUUGGAAGUAAGAAGAAAUACCUUUGACAUGUGCUUCCAUGUUUUUGUUUAGCUGAUCAAUGGCGCUCAACACCUGGGUAUGUUUAAUAGCUUCCUGUUUCAGCUGAAUUAUUCUGGCGUGGUCCACAUUCUCAUGCAAAGUAAGAUCCCUGGUAUUUCCUCUUUGAAGUCGUUCAUUCUUAAGUUUCUUUAGUAAAAGGUAACUUGAAUAAAACUCCAUAACUUCACAACCCGCUGGAGCUUUUAUUUCUCGACAAGCAUAACCGGCCCUGGAAAAAUUCUCCUCGUUCUCACUGAUAAUCUUCAUGGCUUCUCCGAUUUGGUGUAAGCUCUUCUCGCAAGGGCAUCUUUGUAAAAGUGAUCAAAUGGUUUCAAUGGGAGCAUGCUCAGAAAGUUUUUUACCAUAUCCACCUGUUUAGCAAUGCUGUCUAGCGUUUCCUGCAUGUCACAUCCAUUCCCUCCAGAGCAUCUGUCCGGACAAAAUUUGUCCACGAUUGCAAAGAUUAUUUUAUACCAAAUCACUCCGAUCAUCAGAGGAAUGGCCUUCUCUACGUCACAUUUGUUGUUUUCUCCGCACGCAUUGGUGGAACUUGAAUAAAAGGAAAUGGAGCAGUUCGAAAGGGUCGGGCAAACGUUCUUGACUAUUAAUGCUGGGACAUUUCGGGGUGGUAGUUUGGCGCACUCUCUUUUUAAGGGUAAAACAUACCCGCUUUUUUCAAGCAACGGAUCUUUCUGGGUAACCGGAUAGACAUCAUCUAUGAGGUUUCCAACCAGGCGUACAAAAUCAGAGUUGAAUUUUCUUUUAAGACUUGGGCUAUCCAGGAAAUUUUGUUUUAUUCGGUCUGGUAAAUUGUUGUAUUUCAUACUGUGAAGUGUAUCAUGAAUAUACAUUGCAUGUGUAUUGGUCGCUUCUUCGUGCAGUUUACUUCUGAUUAGAAACUGCUCGAGCACUGGAAUCAUCUUGGUGAAUAGCAGCAUGUAGCACUGCCACUUUCCCAUUUCACGAGGACACCCAUCGCCUCUACUAUCCAUUCCCCAUCGAAGUUCUGAGUAAUCAGGAGUGAUUUUUAUUAGACUUCUCAACAAAUUGCCUGUGUCAGAUAACCAUGGGUCCUUACCAUCGACAGGAUGGAAAAUCGUUACCACAGCUAAAAUUAUAGCGAAUACUACGGUGACUGGUAACCGCAUUUUGUUUCUGGAUCUGUUUGAUUCUUCCAGUCCAGUCUUGUUUCCAAGUGCAAUAAUGAUGUAUCUACCUGAGUAAAUACUCUUAUCGAUGGAAUAUGUCAUUUAUUUACUCAUCAUGAAAUAAUUUCGUCAAUGUAUGAAAACGGGUAUCUGAUGGUUUACUUUUCCUUUUUGGUCGUCUUUUUCGAAGCGUAAAAAGUUAAGUACAAAUGGGCUGUCCAACCAUUGUUGGUAGGCUGAUUUCUGUUUUGUGGUGUUACUAUUGUUCAGUGUCUUUUCAAUCUUUUUUUUAGUAUUAAGUUAUUUGGUGAUCUCAUCCGCCUGAAAAACCAAGAAACUAUAUCGGAGAAAUAAAGAUGCUGUUGUUAUCAAAUAGUUUAGUCUUUUACUUUAAUUUCUAGAUCCUUUUUCUCAAACUUCUUGGACUCUCUUAUAAUAGAAUCUGUUUUGAAAGUACAACAAAAGAAAUUUACCAGUAUGUGUUAAAUUAACUUGAUGACAAAAUUGCAACGUUUUGUAAAGUUAACCGCCCCAAAAGCUUUGUCUUGCAACUUACGAAGAAAAGCAACGUCCAUGCGCGGGACUGCAUACUGAAAUUUAAUUAGUGUUCUUUGCAUUCCGAUAUUUUGAAAUGACAACUAUUUUAUGUAAGUUUAUUUCUAUUUUCAUUUAAAUUUUUAUUGAAACUUCCGAAGGGUUAAGAAGUUGUGGUAUAAAUAAUUGAUACAAGAUAAAGGACCUUUCAAGUGGGAUACCAAAAUUGCUUUAACUAUCUUAAAGCAAAUGUCAAAGCUUAACCAGGCAGAUCAAAGCAGAAACACAAUUACUCAUUACAGUUUGUUGCUAAUUUCAAUUUUUUGGUGUAGGAAGCUGCCACGUUGAAAACCGGGCGAGGGAUUUUACGAUCGGACGACACGACGACAUCGAAAGCGUAAAAAAGACAGUAGGUUUCGUAGGCAAAGCAAAAACUUUGCACGUGCAUCGCACUUUUUUGUACAUUUAUUUGCCCUUUUUGUACGAAUACGACGUAAAAUUGCCUAAUUUUACGUUUUAUAAAGAACGUAAGCAAGCGACGACGAAAUUUUAUUUCUCUUUCUGAACUUGGAUGUCUAGUGUCUCUAGGGAUUCAAAUCCAACAGAGUUCGCCUACAUUCGACAAAGUAAGUGGAAAGAAAUAAUCGCGAUAAAAACUGAAAGAACGCAAAUUCACUUUUUAAGCGACGUUUUCGUUACUAUCGCGUCCUUGGAUAAGCUCCCUAAUAAAAAGGUGGUCUGUGGUCACCCCUUGACACAGUUAUGACAACGUAAUUUGUAAUUUUAACUUUUAAAUGUGUGGGUGAAAUCCUGUGAUGUUAACAUUUAAAUGAAACCUUAUUUGUAGAACUUUGGCACGGUACAAUUCAUUUCUUAUGAUUUUACACAAAGAAAUUUAAUUUUUCUGUGACUGUUUUACAUGGGCUACACUAAUUAGGAGUGAAGGUUUUAAGGGUUCUCUGAACCUCUCUAUGGGUAGCCUUUACAGUUACACAGACGUUGUUUUUUUUUACUUUCCCCCCACCUCCCGCAGUUUUUAUUUUCAUACGCGCGCACGACAAUCUCUAAAGAGGAAAUAGAGGGUCUGGGAACAGGCUUUUCUAUGGGUUCCUGUGGUCUUCGCUUUAGUGAAGCGGCCGGUUUUUCAUCCAAUCUACGGUUUUUGAACACAUUCUCGCUUGCAUAUGAAAAAUUGCCUUGUGCUGUAGCGCCAUAGCGAGCUCUUUUUGGUAGGUUUCUUUUCUGUCAUCACACGUCUAACCUUGUCUGUCAACCGUGAUCAGAAUGUCAAUGCGAUCAUCGCUCUAAUAUCUAGGAUCGUCGUUUCAUCAAUAGGGAACGUUGCAACUUUGAAUUUGUCAGCAGUAUCCUAGCCUGCGUGGCAGGCGUUCGAAAGGGAAGGGAACCACACGCUCUCGCGCGCGCCCAAAUUCCCACUUCCCCUUUCAACACCGGCCACGCAGGCUAGCAGUACCCAUACAAAGCAUUUUCUCUCAGUAUGGCCACUUGCUGGAAUCUAUUCACGGUCUGCGCAUUUUACUUUGGACCCGCUUAUUAAAAGCCGGCCGGUGUUCUUUGAGUUGUACAUUUUUAACCAUGUCACUACCUCACUUUUUAUAUUAGUUUGGUUUUGCAUAUUUCGGAUAUACACUUUUAGUGAAAAUGCCCCAGAAAUGAGGUUAUUUCUUCAGUCUUGGUUACUUAACGAAUUUUGGUUAAGAACAGGGCUGAGUUUCAGUGCGUUCCAAAAAUAUCCAUCAUUUCAAAGAUUCUUCCUUGGAAGCUAUUGGUCACCUGUCUCACCUGUCCAAACUAUGGCUCCUUUGUAAAUUCUCAGACACGCAUGAACUUCGAGAUAUUUAAGUGGGAUAAUUUUAUGUUUCAAGAAAAUAUAAGCAACUGUUAUUGAUUUGAUUGGCGCAUUUCAAAGAGGAAAAAGCUAGUAUCAUGAUAAACAAAAAAGACGAUAAAUUUGUUGGGAAAGUGAACUAUUUCUUUUAGGAGCAAUUUCGGUAUCAAAAUGCAAGUUUGUUUUUACCGGGGUGAGUUACUUUGUAGUUAUUGUUUGAGCAGUUGCCCUUCCGCUUCGCCACCUUUGUAGACAAAUUUUAAGACUGAAAAACGUAAGGUUAUAGUGGAUAAUAUUUCAUGGACUUUUUAUUGUUAUUCUUUUGAUCUCUCAUGGAAUUCAAACGUAUGAGUGAUUGUCUUCGUUUGACGAUUACUUCAAAUCCCUGUUGGAGGGGAAAUAGGUUGACCACGGACUUGAUGCGCCCUUAAUUUUUGUAGUUGUAAAAUAUUUUAAAGUAAUAAGCAUUUAACUACUGGUCUUUUUCUCAAAACACUUUGCAAUGCAAGAUUUGUUUAUAGGCACUGUGUGAGAGGGUAGGUCGUAAAGACAAAAUACAGUACUUCUUUAGAUAUGUGAAUGCUAGUGUCAUUUCCAUAAUACAUAUUCUUUUAAGCUACAUUGUACUGCUGUACUGUUUCACUCACCCAGUAGGUUAGCGUCUUUUUCCUUUUAAUUUAGUUUCUUUCUUUCUCUUUUCUUUCUUUUAUUAAUAUUUUUUUUUUAUUCUCUGCCCACUGUGAAAGUAGAAAAAAAGUUUUAAUAGUUAAAAGAACAUGUAUUUGUAAUUUUUUUUGUAAUUGUUUUUGUUUUUUAAGCAAAUAAAAUUUAAAAAAAUGGAUUAACUAUUAACCGAAAAACCUGUGAUAACCUGCAAAACUUGAAAUCCUGCUGUUGUAUUCGGUAGCCGAUCUCUCUUGGGAAAGCUUGCCCAGAGUUGGCAUUCAUUCGACGUAAAUAAAAGCUUGUGUUUUAAGCACAUGCCUAGAGACAGUGCAUGUUACUCUUAAACACACUGUAUACUACAAAAAACCUUCGAUGUAAUAAAACUCUUCUCAUCGAUCAAAUUUUCUCAUUGCCAUGGCACUCGCAAGUAAUGUUAGUUCCAUUUUAUUUUUAGACUUGACCAGGUCUGUAAGUCUCCGGCUUUUCUAAGCUGAUAGCGUUUUGCUCUGUUUCAGAUUCAGUAUGCCAGAUCAGAGACCCACCUCAUAGAACAACUGGAUAGUAUGUGCGAAAAAAUGAACAAUUACGCGGAGUCAUCUGACCCUGCCACUGGCAAGAAGUCUUACAUCAGAACAUCAUCGCGCAAUGGGGAGGCUGUAACUUUAAGUAAUGUGGCCAUUAGUGGAGAUAUAGCAAAAAAGCUCAAACAUGCAGUAAGUAACUUUUAUGCGUAUUAAGUAUAACUGAAAUCUCAAUGGUAGUAAUAUUAUGCACUAAUCCUGUUGACUUCUUUUUUAGUUGUUGUUUGACAUUAGUUGGUAGUAUCUGUUUCAAGGGUCAGGUGAAAUCACUCUAAAGGAGAUGAAUUCUCUUGCCCAACGUUUCUGGGACUCUGCCCUCCUACUCCUCUCCUAAGCCAACAUUAACACUUACUUCUCACUUAGGGCAAAAUGAUGGUCAGGGGAGGGGUAGGUGGUCAGUUUCCCAGACACGUAUAACUAUCCCAAGAAAGAAUGUAAAGCCUAACAAACCCAAUCUGCCACGAGCCACCACUACAUAAUUACUUGGUUUUAUAUUUGUGUUACCUUCUCUUAUUGCUUGUUACUAAAAAAGCACAUUUUUCUUUAGUGUGAGAGUAUAAUUGAAGAUUAUGAUGACGACAUUAUUGCAACUUUCAAAAAAGAACGUAAAGAUCCCAAGAAAUACAUGUGUAGGACAACAACUGGUAAGAAAUGUAUUCCCCUGCUGUGUCAUGUGAUGUCAUUUGAGUUCCCGUUUAUAUUGAAAAAAAAAAUGUUCUAGGUAGAAGGAUCACUCGAUCCCCUACCCAAGCUACCCUGGUGGAGCCAUCUUUUCAUACAUUUAUUUACAAAACGUGGCGAACCGUUAACAUAGAAACAAAACGUUGGCUCGACUAGAAGGGUUACCUGCGUAGCGGGGUCACCCUUUUGUGAUGGUAGGAUCACCUUCCUAACCGGGCCUACUUUUCUCCAUAUAAACAUUUAGCUCGUCCAGCCGGGUCAACUCAGUCAAAGCGAGUUAAACAGAGCAUGCGCGAACGCUGUUAGCUCGGGCAAAAGGGUCAACAUUUUCAAGUCUCAUGCUAACGCUGGCGUAAGGUGACUCAGCUGGGAGGGCGACCCGAUAAACCCUCAAUUUAGGUUUCUGAGAAACUGCCCACCUACCCCUCCCCUAAGCUAACAUUAACACUUACUUCUCACUUUGGGCAAAAUGAUGGCUUAGGGGAGGAGUAGGUAGGCAGUUUUCCAGAAACCUAAAUUGAUGAAGACCAAAAAUCCCAUCUGAAUGCGUAUGCAAUAGGCCUGUUUUUCGAGGUUACCCCUAGCCUCAUUUUCAAAUGAAAAACAAAACUUUGCCUUGAAUUUUCUUUUUAGUGUCGUACAAAUAAAACUUGUUUUUUCUCAAAAGCAUUUGCAGUUAGUUCCGUUUUAAAAGUGAGGGUUUUUGGAACUUUUUCAGUUACCCGAAAAGAGGCAAAUGCUAUUAUUGUUGUUUGUUUUGAUGAACAAAUGAUUUCUUUUGUGCGCUUGUUUGUUUCAUUUUUAGGUUUGUGCAUUGAUGACGAUGAUGAUGAGUUCACAGAAUCUGAUUACGACGACGAUAAUGAUGACGGUAACAACGAGGAUGAUGCAACAGAUCACGAUGAACUUUGACCUUAAUUUUCUUAAUGAAAAUCAGUUUGGGAAAUAGACCUCUUUAUCUUGCAAUGAAGUCCCCAGUGGAAUUGGACUUUGACCCUUUGUCGUUUCUUAAAUUAUUGCACGUGAAUACGAGGAAAUUUGAAAGAAACAGUUCUCAGGAGUAUUAUCACAAAACCAGCUUUGGGAAAACAAAUCGUACAAGCUGAAGAGGUCUAUUACGCAGCAAUUUGCGUGGAUCCAUUCAGAUUCUUUUUUAUUAUUCUAUCUCGAAAGCAAGUAUUAAUUAACCGGAAGUGUCUUUGCAAUGAUAAAACAUCAAUCGUUGUCGGUAUUGUAAAUGCAAUCUA